CAUGGCGCCCGUCCUCUAGCUCCCGGCGGCAGCCAGGCUGUGGCGCCCGCCCGCUCGCUCGCCCCGCCUCCCGGGCGGUGGCGCUCCCUGCCCCGCCCCGCCCCGCCGUGCCUGUGUGCGCGGAGAGCCCGCGAGGGACUGAAGGCUGCGCUCCGCACCUCGGCGGGGCGCGAUGGGGCAGGCGGGCCGCCGGCUGCCCGCUUUGGCGGCGCUUUUCUAUGGGGCGCUGGCGGUGCUGGUGCUGCUAGGGGUGCGGGACGUGCUGUUCCUCUACGAGGAGAACCGGUGCAGCAUGACCUACAUGUACGAGUACCCCGAGUAUCUGAAAAUAAAAUUACCGAAGAAAACAGCCAGACGAUACCCAGCAUAUGAGCUCUAUCUCUAUGGGGAAGGGAACUACGCUGAAGAAAACAAAAAUCUCCUAUUGACAGGAAUUCCAGUUCUCUUUCUUCCUGGGAAUGCUGGCAGUUACAAACAAGUACGUUCUCUUGGCUCCAUUGCACUUAGAAAAGCAGAAGAUGUUGACUUCAAGUAUCAUUUUAAUUUCUUCAGUGUCAACUUUAAUGAGGAGUUGGUUGCAUUGUAUGGUGGUAGUCUGCAACGACAGACCAAGUUUGUGCAUGAGUGCAUAAAAGUAAUUCUUAAGUUGUACAGGGAUCGAGAAUUUGCACCGACCAGUGUUGCAAUAGUAGGUCAUUCCAUGGGUGGUCUUGUUGCAAGAGCAUUGCUUACUCUGAAGAAUUUUAAGCCUGAGCUUAUAAAUCUCCUCAUUACACAAGCCACACCUCAUGUUGCACCUGUAAUGCCUUUAGACAAAUAUCUUACUGAUUUUUAUACAGCUGUAAACAAUCAUUGGAUUCUAAAGGCCCAAGAUUUAAGAAAUUUAACUACCCUUUCUGUGGCGGGAGGAUUCAGAGAUUACCAAGUUCGUUCAGGACUGGCUUUUCUACCGAGAUUGAGUCAACAUGACAGUGCCUUAUCUGUUGUGAGCUCAGCUGUGCCUAGAGCUUGGGCCUCAACAGACCAUCUCUCCAUAGUGUGGUGCAAAGAAUUGAUCCUGGCUACCAUUAGAGCUUUUUUUGAUCUCAUAGAUGAAAACACCAGGCAGAUAACUGAAGAUCCAAAGAAGAGAAUGUCUGUACUGAAUCACCACUUUGUGAGACACCCUGCAAAGAUGUUUGAGGAAAAUCCUGAAGCUUUUACAGAACUCACAGGAGCUUUCAUGUGGAUUACAGUCAAAGCCUCAAAAUGGACUUACUCAGUUUACAAUGAUUCUGAUGGAAAAUAUUUCACAUUUCCUCUUGCAAGCCACAGAAAAUCAUACAGUCAUGUUUACUGUGAAAACAGUAUGUUGGACACAAGUAGCUGGAUUUAUGGCUGUAUGAAGAAUAAUUCAUCGAUAUGCCUGGAAGCUACUGAUUUAUCCUGGAGAGCUGAGUUACUUCCAGCCACCAAGGUCGUAAUACUGAAACUUCAGGACUAUCCGUCCUUGUCGCACAUUGUCAUUCAGGUACCACCCACAGUUGGCAAUAAGUAUACUUUGGACUGCGAAUUCUUCAAAGAGGAUUCCAGAACAGUACAGCUUCCUGUAACACAUCUUUUUUCAUUUGGGCUUUCUUCAAGCAAAAUUCUAUUAAAUUCAACUGGCUUACUUUACAAUGUACAGCUCCAGCACUUUAACCAAAUAUAUCAAGCGUUCAAAAUUUAUAUAGACAGCCACUGCCAGUCACUCAAAGAAAGAAAACCUAGUGUUUACAGACUUCAUAUACCCUGGUCACAUGAAGACUCAAUAAUGGUAGCAAAAGUUCCGUCUUUUACUGAGAUUUCUGCAAAACUGCAUAUUGCUCAGCCUCAGAAUGACAACAGGGUUCCAGAGUUAAAUAUUUACUCUUCCUCAGACUGUCAGUAUGAAGUAAUUCUGAAGACGUCACUUUUACAGAUUCUUGGACAAAUAAUAAGGUUCCAUGCUGGUGCUUUUCCUGUCUAUGUUGUUUCUAAUAUUCUUCUUACUUAUGGAGGACAAUUGAGCACAUUGAUAUCAACAGGGCAGUGUUCAGACUUUUCCCUUGAACUAGUUAGGACAGCAAAACCCUACAAAGUAGAACCUCUUAUAAGCAUCGUUGUGUUUCUGCAGGGGUUUCACUGGUUUAGAGUGAUAUGGGAAUCGUUGUCACUACCAGAGGUGGAUGCUGCUGCACUGAGUAGUCAGGAUGCGUGGUUCCCCCUUGUGUCCUUGAUUCUAUUUCUUUUUGGGACAGGCAUUGCCUACUGGAGUGGAGUAUUUUUCUCUACAUCUCUGAGACUCAUCUCUUCAUUAUGGUUAGCUCUGAUUAGACCUACUGUACUUCAAAAAGAUAAGUUGAUUACACCCAGAAGAUUCUGCGGGGUGUUAUCCCUUGCUUUGGUUAGCUGGACCACUUGUGGUGCAUUUGCUGUAUUAAUUAUUUAUCUUCAAUAUUUGUUUAAGGUUAUAAAACUACAUGUGAGUGUAAGAGCAGAACAAAACAUGCUUAAUGGGGGUUUAGACCACUCGAAAGAAACUUCACAGAACUCCAUUAUACACACAAUCAAAAACCAGAGUUCGAUGGACAGUACCUCAAAAGCAACACAAUCUCUUUCCAACAAUACAAUUGCUGAAGCUGUUAACAGUCUUAAGAUGCAUGUUACAAUUCUCAAUUUAUUCACAUGGAUUGUGCUGCUCAACUUGCCAUCUUUAAUUUAUUGGUUAAAAAAUCUCAGGUACAAUGUUAGACUUGAUCCUGAUCCGUGUAGAUCUACAGCUAUUGUCCUUGUAUGCAUUUUAGAAAUUCUCAUGAAUUCAAGUACUUCUGAAGUGAAAUCAAGUAAACUCUUGAAGAUCGCAUCCAAGGUUCCACUCCCUUUGUCUGUUGCAAUGUUGGCCUUUGGACGAAUGCAUUUAUACAAAAUACCACACUUUGUAACCUUAUCUCUUCUUCUACAUGUGCUGUGUUGUGUUGUGUAACAUUUGUUAUACAUAGGAAGAACAGUGCAGCUGAGAAACUUGACGCCGGAGAUGGGAAAAUUUCAGCAAAGAAAUGCCUAGAUUACUAUCAUCAGUAGUUUACAUGAUGUGGGAAAGAGGACAGAGCUGUGACUACUUUAUGAAAAAUUCAUGGUUCUGUUCAUGUUGCUUAGAAAGUUUUUCAUGGUGUUUAUUUCCUGACUGUGAAAAUUAAGUGGAUUAACUAUGUGUGGGUGUAAGCACAUAAAUCAUACUAGUGUAACAUCUCAGUACUCUGUUUGCCUUGUAGACACUUUGAUAUUUUACUACACUUCUUUGUUGAAACAGACUUUUUUUACUCACUAGGCUAUACAGUGUGUAUGUUCUGAACUUGCAUCUCUUGCAGUUCUAAAUUAUGCUGGUUAAGACUCAAUACAUUUUAAGCACACUGUGACUAUCACAAAAACUACACAGCCAAGUAUUCUUUUAAUCAUUUGAUGCCACAUUUAAAAGCUGCCACAGUUGUGUCUAGACAAACUAGAAUGUACUGCUUCUAUAGAACUGUUAUUUCUAUCAAAUCCUUUGUUCAAUCAGUAUGAGUUGAACAUUUGUGAGAUUAUUGAAAGUCUUAUACAUUUUACUUUUUGUGAGAGUGAGAAAACAAUAUUCUGUGUAGCUUUCUAUUCAGGAAGGAUACCAGCAGAUUCACAAACAAUUUGCUGUAAUGUUGUUGUAAAACAUUGCCAGUUUUCUCUGGAAUUUUGUCAAUUCUGAAAUUACUCCUUGGACCUUGUCCAGAUGUAGAAGCUAGCAAGUGCUGAGGUAUGGUUUGAGCUUCCAGUGCAGUUGCUGUACCACACUGCUUCCAGGUAGACAAGGCAGGUUUCUUUCCUAUUGUAGAUGGAGAAUCAACCAUCUUGUAAUAAAUGUCCAUACCUGAAAUUAAUAUGGAAUAGUUACAACACUGUAAAUUCACGCCCUGCCAUGCAGUGCUAACUUCCUCAUGUGGACAAGCUCUUAGUAAUAGUGGGAAAUAGUGACCAUAAUUAUUAGUUCUGUAUAAAGUAUUAUCUUAGUGCCUAGAUGCUACAGUGACUGCCAUUAUAACAAAGCCUAAAAUAGCUGUGCAUAAGGAAUUCUGUCCCCUGGGUAUGUGUUUUGCCAACAGAAGAAAUCUCAGUAGCCAUUAGGUUAAAAUGAUGUAUUGAUUCUGUGUAGAGAUGAGCCUACUACUUGUUUCAGUUAGCUGUGUCCACUCUGUCAGAGAUGCCUGUUGUCUUCAUAUGGAAAUAACAGACUAGCUCAGUCAUAUGAAUAAUAAGAGGAAAUCUGCUACCCACAGUCAAUCAAGUAGAUUCUUGAUACAGUAGUGCAGCCAGCCUGACUCAUUAAUUUUAUCGUAUCUCAUUAAUCUUGCCUAAAGUGCCUCAGUUAGUUCUGCCAUGUUGUUAGGGUCAAUUCAUUUGAGCUGGCUGGAAAGACUUAAUUCACACAGCAACUUUCCAGCAUGAAGGGCAAAUGUGAAGUAAGCACAUGUUUUGUCCACGUAUAUCCAAGUCAGCAGUUCAAGUUAUCAGUAAGUCAUUAAAACUGCUUUAACACUGAGUAAGGCUAUUGUAGUUAAACCACUGUCACUGCUAUCAGUAAUCUAUGUGCUGGUAUUCUAGUCUUAACCUUUUUUUUAAAAAGUUUAAAUUAUACAUAGUGUAUGUAAAUCAGAAAAGUUACUUCAAUAGAUUAUAUCUUGAUUUUUUUUAAUCAAAUGUAUGCUACAGUAUAUGUAUAUAAGAUAAUUUGCGUGUCUAAAUAUACUUGUAGCUAAAUCCACCAGUUGGUUUAACCUAAAAAUUGCUGUUCAGACCUAGGAGAAUAGAGUAGUUUUUCCUACUUUCAAAUGGCUGUGAAUGAAAGAUGGUGGCAGAACUGCAUUGGGGCUGGUAAAAGGCAGUCCGUGAAAUGUGCAAGAUCUGACUUUGUGGAAAAUCUUCCUUGGCCUUCAUGGUCCUUUUGGCUUACUAUUGUAUUUUACUUAUGAUUUUGUUUUACCAUCCUAAUGGGCUCUUUAUGGACAAAUCCAUUUGUUGGAGCUGUUGAUGGAAUAAAAUAAUAAUCACAAUAAGGAGAGCAAACGGUCUCUGCAUAUAGUAGCUUUGAUAGCUUCCAAAAUCUGCCACAAUGUGAAAUUUACUGAAUUACAGCUGCAUAGAAAAACACCAUUUUUUUUCCAUUAAAUGGUAUUUUUGAAGCUGGGAAUUGUAUUGAUAGUUGUUAUGACUCUUCAUGAAAUGGGUUACAGAAUCUUGCAUAGAUUCCUACCUGUUUUUCAAGUUGGAGGUAGGAGUAGGUAUAAUCCUGAGUCUGAGAUCCCAGAUGACAGAGUUUAUCACAUCUCCCUCAAUGCUGUCUUUUUUCAGAGGUGAUCUACCUUCACUGGAGGAAGGAGGGGAAGUCUUACUGCUGCUUUGGCUUUAGAGAUAUUCUCUGUCAUUUGCUAGAUGAAAACUGUUCUGAGAUGUGCAUCUGGAUCUUGCAGUGAUUGUGGAUUUCAGCUGUGUGAGAGAUUAGGUGUCUAAUCCCAACUAGGUUUUUCUAUAUAAUCAGUAGAAAGGGAUAGGAUUAGAACAACUCCAGAGAACAAUUCAUCCUACACUAAGUGAGGAUGAAUUAUCCUACUUGCCGUUCUGAAAAAGGACAAGAUGUUAUAACAGUCUAAAAUUGUUUUUCAGGUAAAAUACAAUGAUUGUUUGUUGUUACUUGUGGAGAAGAGGCUUCUGUUAUGUGAAUCUCUAGUUCUGCCACUGUUCACAAUUAUAAACUCAGCAGAAAUGUAGGCUAACCCAAUAUAAAUACUUUUAAUUGCAUGUAUGAGGAAGUGUAAAUACUACUGAAAUACCCUGUAUUAUGAGUAGGCUGCAUUUAUAAAAGAGCUUUUGGCAAAUAUAUUGUAAUGUCUCUUAGUACCUUUAAAUUAAAAUUCUAGUUUAUUCUUCAAUUUUAGAUUAUCUAGACUGUGUGGGAGAAAAUCAAGACACAAAUUAACUUGUAAUGGAUUAGACCUCUGCUCUUUAAGGGAAGGUUUCUAUUAACAAGCGAACCCAAAUUCUGUUGUUACCUCCUUUUUCAGAAGUUGAGGUAUUAAUUUUGGAAAACAACUGUUCUUCAUACAUGUGGAUGUUCACCACAUUUAGAUGGAGAUUAUGCCACACAAUGAAGCAUUUAAGUCAAAAUUAAGCCCCCAUUUUUUGGUUUGUGCCUCAGGAUGCAUUCAAAAGAAGAACUGUUUGUGUGGUGCUCUUCUAAUAUUUUUUAUAAGCUGUCAGAAACAGAAUAAAGAAACAGGGUAAGAACCUAGCAUACCAAAUGUCACUAAUUUUAGGUACAGUAUAGAUGUACGGCAGAAUCUUUCUUUGACGGGGAGAUUUAAUGAGAAGCUUUUAGUGACAUCUCCAUACCUUGAAUUGCUCUUGGGGUCUAUAAUCUUUUCUAGUUCAUAUGGAUAUGAUCAAACAUAUGUUCCCGAUAAUCUUGUCAUGCUGCAAUCAUAGUAGCUAUACUUGUAGCUAACAGUUCAUACAAGGUCUAUAUUUGUCUGGUAAAGAAAAACUGUUACCUCUUAACUGGAAUUACCAAAUGUACCUUGAAACUGAAUGAAUGAGUGUUGUCCAAAGGUGGUAUUAUCAGUUCUGAUUUAAAAGUUGGUUGUGGUAUGUCAUGUUGCAGCAUCCUGUUAAAAGGGGAAUUGUUUUUUUGGGGUGGUUUGGUUAGGGUUUAUUUUUUGUUUUUUUUAAAAAAAAAAAGCAGUAAGAGGAAUUUAAGUUAAUAUUAUUUCUAAUAUUUAGACUUCUGCUCUGAUUUUGGUUUUGAGUAAGCUGAUACAUGUAGCAAUUCAUUCCAAAAUAUUGAUUUGCUAAGUUUUAAAACAAAAAAAUGAAUAACAUAAUGAAACCCUAAACAGUGUAGGAGUCAUACAUUGCAGAAGACAUAGAAACUGCCUGUAUGUCUAAGUGAACUUUUCAACUAUAACCUAAUUGGGCUACCUUUAAAGUCAGUGUUUAAAAAAAUAACAUGUAUUAAUACUUAAAAAAACCCAAAAAGCAUUGUUGCAUACGUCAACAUUUGACACGAAGUCUAAUUUGGCAUGCGUUUGCCAGUAACAAGGUUAUGAAGGUUACUUGACUCUUUCUGAAAUCUGAUACAUCUCGUUUUAAGCUUUGACAGGACAGAAUAAAGUUGAUCAUGUGCCUGUGAAUAAAUGUAAACAUUUGAGAAGCUUUCAUGUGAUCAAGUUUAUUUCAAUAUCGCAAUGAGUGUGUUUAGACUUUUGUCUUAUUUAUACUGAGCAAAACCCAGCCAUUUACAGACCUUCAAUACUCUGAAUUACUGAAAAUGGUUUUGUGAGCAGUUACAGUGUCUGUACAGUAAUCGUGCUGCUGUUUUAGGUCACUAAGCUAGUAGAAAAUUGUUUAGCUGUAAAAUAGACUAAAUUCUUAAUGCUUGUUUUCUAUUUCAUGAUGAAUGUUAGUCACUUAAUUUACAGCUUUGACUUUUUACAUCUCUUUUUUUUUUUUUUCUGGGAGAUAAUCAAGCUAGCUUUUAUAAGCACUUAGCACUGUACUGUAAAAGGUUUUAAAACUUUCAUCACCAUUCCUUUAAGGGAGACAUACUUUUGUCACCAAAGCUACAUGCUGCUCUUAUAUACCUCUGGAAAUGUGUGCCAGUGAAUGACAAUAGAAAACAGAUUCAUUUUUAUGUUAAAGUAAAAUAGUUUUUUUACCUUUUUUAGAGCCAGAACUUUAAGCUAAUAUUCAUAAUAGAAUCCUUAAAAUCUCUAGAACUUUAUUUGAAAAUCUUUUAUAAAUGUAUUUUCUGAUGUAUAUUCUAAUUUAUGGGAGAAUGUAUUCAGGCUUUUAAUCACUCCUUUAUCUUAAAGCUUAAAUAAAAUCUAUAAACUUCAUCUUGUUAAUAAACAUUUACUGCUUUUAAAAAUAAAUUUUAAGCAUUUACGGAGAAAAUUCUGUAGCUCUUACUUGAGCAAAUCUGCCCAGCACCUCAAUUUUUCAGGUAUCUAAGCAUGUAACUUCCUCAAGUAUGUGCUUAUUGCCUUGUAGCAUGAAAACCUGAGUCAAAGCUGUGGUGUUUUGACUUGAAUUUUGCUUAAGAUUUAGAGUCUCAUUCUGCAUUCUUAAAUUCAGACAGAUUUUGCUACUCAUGCUGUCAUAAACAAAUCUUGUAAGCACGGCCUCUCGACAGUUAUUGGCAGGUUGCGGUCUAGAUUCUGUAGGAAUCUGCGUGGUAUUAGAGCUAAUUUUGUGUGUAUAAAAGUCAAGAAUGGCACACACAAACUUGUUAUUUUGUGGCACAUCAUUCCAGUUCUUCCUUCCGUACACAGGUACUCUUGGUUUGCAGUAUCCUUCCACUGCAGUACAAAACAUAAUGUUCACAGUAAUAGUAGGCACCGUGACUGACCUAGCAAAGAUACACAGCAGCUGUCCUGUAGGCUGUUGUUCUAGUGAAGUUUUGCAUGUUUGAAAUACCAGCAAAGACUUUUUUUCCCUCCAACUUAAAUAAUUUCAGGAUAAAUAUAUUAAGCAUCAAAUGUGCAAGUGUGGUGAUUUUUAGUUUUAUAAAAUGGUAAGUGCACUAUUUUGGGAUCAGCUCAGGCUUCAGUAUUGUCCACUUGUGUCACUUUGAGCAUGAAAACAGUAUUUGAGACUGAGACACCUGACAACGGAAAUAUUUUACAGAAGUCCUCAAGUAGAUGUGACAUAUAUAAUUAGAGUGCCACACCAAAAUUGAAAUGUGAAAUUCCUCACUGUGACUUUAGACUUGUAGCUUUCUAGAGAAAAAAAUAAUUAAAAAAAAAAUACUGUGCCUUAAACCAGUAAAUGAAUACACUCUAACUGUAGCCUCUGGACUUCUGUAGCCUUAUAUUUGAUUUUUGAAGUUGACCAAAAAUAUUUGUGUGGAUCAUACUGAAACUUGAUUUGGGGAAAAUACUUUUUAGAAAAUCAUUUUGAUCCCUUUUUACUAUACUUACAGAAAUGAGGAUUUAUGACAUGUACAGUAUAUUUGUGGCUUGGAAUCACACCAACCAAAGUCAGAAAGCUUUAGCUGACCUUAAUUUCUCAAGUCUUUGUGGCAAAAAGAAAAGUAAGGAAGGAAGACUAGUCUCAGAUAUCUGUCUCAACUUUGAAGUCUGUGUGUCAAAUUCUUUUUAAAAAAAUUGUUCUUUAGUUUCUUCUAACUAAAAAAUUCCUCUAAUGUUUAAGCAAAAUAUUGUAUUUUAGCUAUUGUGUAUCAAUAUCUACACCAGUGUGAGAAGAAAACUGGAAGGUGCUUUCUUGGAGUGGGUGGGGUGGUUGGUGAUUGGUUGUUUUAAAGCUCCAGAAGUUUGAAUAACAAAUUUCACUUCUUAGGGAAAAUACUUAUGUAUAAAACCCUGAAAAGUUUGAGGGGAUAGUUUAUACAUUCUGCUCAUAAUUCAUUAAAGAAAACCAGAAAUAGUAAAGAUCUUAAAAUCUUUUUUUUAUAUAUAGUAAAAGGUUUUCUUACGUAUAUUUUUAAUAUGAAGAGCUCAGGAAAAGCCACCACUGGUUUUCCUUAUAUGUCUCUACAGGAUUCUUUGGAUGUUUUGAACACAAUCCCCCAAAUUCCCCCCCCCCCCCCCCAGUAUUAGCACUAACUAAUGUAACACUGGGUCUUGAAUAAAGAUGCCAUAUCUCAAAGCUUAGCAUUGGACUGUGGAUAUUUAGAUAUGCACACAAAAUGACUGCAUGUCAGCUGAUCACAGUAAUUGUUUGAAGCAAUAUAAAUCAAAGUCAUGAACCUGCUUUUAUUGAGAACUAACUUGUACCUGACUGCCACAAUGCUGCCGAUGCUGUGGCACAACAGAUAACAUGCAAUUUUUUUCUCUGCUACUUCUGUGUUAGUUUAGGACUUUUAGAACCCUCGUUCCAGUCACUGAACUUUCUCUUCUUUCUUUUGUGAUGAUGUUAUUUCAGUAAUCCUAGCCAUUGUUGAUUUCCUAGCUACAGGAAUAUCCUAGUAUUAAAAUAAUUGAGAGGGCAGAACUACCUUUAAGGCCUUGAUAUAUGAUGAUUAGUCUAGAAAAAUUGUGUAGGCCUACUAACUUGAUUCCUUCCUUUUAAUUGUUUUUCCAAGCACAAAAACGAACAUUGUUGGCCACAAUAACUAUUUUGGGUAAUUGGGAGGUGGGGGGGUGUGUGCUGUUGUUUGGUUUGUUUUGUUAAGAAGACUUAAAACUUUGAGGAACAUAUUUGUCAUCUUCUGGAAAAACCUAUUGCUUCACAAGCAACCUAUCUUACAUGUUUUCAAAUCUCCCUCUGUUUUGAGUUCUUACAUAGCUACAUGGUGUUUUAGGUGGAGCUAACUCUUAAUAGAUACAGGUUUCUAGAGAUGUUGACAGAGUCUUAUCUAUAAAUGUUUGAAUAAUGCUAUAAUAAAUUAUUGUGCUUAUUAACGGGUUUAUAGCUGAAUUCUCAGAUACAGUUCACGCAAUGUGUGAUAUGCUUUGGUAAAGUCCUUGUCUUGUGAGAUGCUGAGAAAACCUUGGAGAAUAGGUAUCUUCAGCUAAUGUUGAAAUUGCUGAAAGCUGAAAUCUCAGAAUCUUUAAAAACUGUGCUUUUAGAUACUGGUACUUUUUUGUUGAAGUUGAGGGCAACUCGAAUGGGAGCAAUGCUGGGAUGUUUGUAUUUGGUUUGAUAGUUUCCCUGUCUGUAGUGUAUACUUCACAUUUUUUAUUUGUCUUUUUUUUCCUACAUGUGCAUGAUUUAGAGUACACUGUAUAGCAUAUGCUUUACUAAAUAAACUCUUCUGUAUAUUUGUGUAUGGUGUUCUAACAUGGUUGCAUUAGUACAAAUGGUUGUAAUUCACAAAAAGUGCCACUUACCAGUCAUACUCUGUAGAGUGUUGUGAAUGUUACCUGUACUUCUGUUGUACAAACAUGCUAAUGAGUGUUGUGAUGAAUAUUUGCCUUUAGUCUUUGCUCAGAUACUCAUGUGGAGCAGUUUGGUGCUUUUCCUUCUAACUUGUAAUAUUUGGGAUUCUAAGCAGAAAAUAAAAACAGCAAACAAAAGCACUGUGAUUAGAGCAGUACUUUGCAUAACAGAUGCUUUUUUCACAUCUUGAGUAGAAUACAAUAAAGAUCAUACCUGA